AUGUCCAUGCGUAAAGGCAGCCACGGACGAUUGGGGAGCAGCAAGAAGGAGGAGGCGCCCCUUCUCCAUUCGCUGAUUCGUGAAUCAGGCACAUUGAAGGAAGUGGAAGAGCUGCUAAAGGAAGAUGCCUCGAUGAUACACGAUCGGGAUCGCUUGGGCGGCACGCCGCUCCACGCGGCGGUGGAGGCCGGAAAGGCCGACAUUGUACAAUACCUCCUGGUAAAGUCGGGUAUCAACGUGAAUUUAAUCGACCGACAUGGCUGGACGCCGCUACACACGGCCUGCCAUCGAGGCGACCUGGCCGUCAUCGAGCUCCUUCUGACCGGCGGCGCCGGUGGUCUUGGGACCAACAACCCCAGCAUUGGCGUUAAGCCCAAGGGGUUCGGUGGCUCCAAUGGCUUCGAUUCUCGCUCCCCCUCCAACUUUGUGAGCGUGACACUUACAACGGUGGACCUGUCCACACCACUGCACUACUUUGUGCGACACCCGCCACCCGACCAAGCCCCCGGCAUCAAAACGGGCGAGGCGACGCGUAAGUGGAGGAGCGACGGCAGCCGACCCUACGCGAUGCCCGCGCACGAUAAAUAUUUUAUCAUCCUCCAGUACCUGCUGGGACCCAAGCAGCACGACGCGAACGUCAACAUCACCAACCGGUAUGGUGAAACGCCGCUGCACUUGGCUGUGAGAAAUGGGCGGGCGGAACUGGUGGAGAUGCUGCUCGAGCAUGGCGCGGACAUGACAGUCGUGGGCGGGGAGGGAACGCCGAGGGACGUCGCUCUCCGGGCGAAGCUGCCCGAGAUGAUGGCCCUGCUCGAUAAAGAAGAAAAGCGACGAUUGAAGGCCUUGAAAAAGAAGAAAAAGAAGAGCAAGGGCAAGAAGAAAAAGAAGGGCUCGUCGGAGGAAGUGCACUCUUCCGACGCGGGCGAGCGAUUGAACCCGUUCGCGAGCGGCAAGGAGAGCGGCGGGAGCCUGUCGAGCACCACGUCGGGGCUCAAGGGCAGCGCCGAGCAGAAGAUGGACGAAGAGGGCGAUCUGAGCGUGAACGACAAGGAGCGCAUGAUCGAGCUGCUCAACUCGCUCAAGCUGACCAAGUACAUUCCGCUCUUUGUCGACGAGGACAUCGGCAUGCGGGCGCUCAUGCUGCUGACCGACGACGACCUCAAGAGCCUGGGCGUCAAGAUGGGCGGCCGACGGGUCAUCUUGGACUACACGCAGAAGGAGCGGGAGCGGGAGGAGAAGGAGCGGGAGACCGGCGAGCGACGGCGCGGCGGGAGCGCUAACGGCAGCCCCAACACGCACGCCAGGAAGAACAGCGGCGGGAUCAAGGUCGAGCGGCUCAGCACGAGCGCGCGCAACCUCGGCCCGCUGGUCUCCAAGCGACGCGGGCGGGACGCCCCGCAGCGGAAGAGCGUGGACAGCGGACCGGCGACGAGCGAGUCCAUCGCGUUGAUGGCCAAGAGCACCAGCGGCCUGCCCACCGACGACGACGACACCGGCGGCGAGGACUGCAACUUUGAGGAGGUGGACGCGCCCGAGGAGCGCGAAGAGGACGAGGCCGAGUUGAGUGACAGUUCCGGGGUGGAGAUGAAGGCGACGAUCGCGGUCGACAGUCUCUCACUCGACGAACACUUGGGGACGGGAGCUUUCGGAGAUGUCUACAAGGGUCGAUUGCGAGGCAUGACCAUCGUUGCCGUCAAGAAACUCACCGGCGUCAACCAGACGGCGUUCCUCCGCGAGGCCAAGAUCAUGCAGCAGAUCCCGAACCACCCCAACGUGGUGACCUUCUACGGCAUGGCGGCCUCGCAGAACGUUCUCUACAUCGUCACCGAGUUUGUGCCCCAUGGCUCGCUCGCGCUCUACCUGCGGAGCAACAUCAACAAGGUGCCCAUGCAUGUGCUGGUGCAAAUGGCCAAGGACAUCGUGAGCGGGAUGGAGCACCUCCGGGCAAACGACGUCGUCCACCGGGACCUGGCCGCGCGCAACCUCCUUCUCGAGAUUCGAUCCAAUGGUGAACACAGGGUCAAGGUGAGCGAUUUUGGGCUGUCCCGUCCGCUGAUGGAAAGCGAGUACUACAAAACGGGCGACUCGUCGCGAGGGCACAUUCCCGUCAAGUGGACCGCUCCCGAGGCGCUCAAAUGGCUCAAAUACUCGUCCCAGUCUGACGUGUGGGCCUUCGGCGUGGCGCCCUACCCGGGCCUCUCCAACUCGGAGGUGAUACAGGAGGUGUCGAAGGGCUAUCGCAUGCCGCCGCCCGACAACUGCCCCGGCCAGAUCGUGGAGCUGAUGAACGAGUGCUGGCACGACGAUCCAUUGAAGCGACCACAGUGGAUCAACAUUUUUGUCAAGCUUUCCGCACUCGAGGAAAAGCUCUUGGACGAGUGGGAAGAGAAGGAGAGGCGGCGAGAGAAGGACGACAGGGAAAAGCAAAAGGACAUGGCCGACCUUAAGAGGCGGUUAGAACUCCAAGAGGAAAUUGAGCGGGAACUCGAAAACGCAGCAAGAAACUACUCAUCUCAGCACGAAUGCAUAGCGCAGAUCGAGCGUAUUCUGGAUGAGUUGGAUCGGAAAGUUGACGAAUCAACAAGUCGCUCCGUCUCUCCACUCUCUUCGCCCUUCAGCUCCGUCCAGGGCAACUCCUCUUCCUCCUCCCUCCCGUCCUCCUGA